UCGGUUCGGCUGGUUGCCUCCCUCCACAGCCUCGACGUCGCUUUUCCCCGCCCACCUAGCGCGUCACGCCACCACGCCACGCGAGAACGCGACGCGACGCGAGGCGGGCAGAAAACUACCGAGCCGCACGCGCAGGCGGGGCGCGAGGUGCCCAGUAGGAGUACCCCCCCAACCCAACCCCACCGAUCGGAUCGGCAAAUCCCCCCGUCUCCCCACACAGAUCCCCCACCCCCCACCGGGCCACCACCACCACCAGCAGCAGCGGACGCACGCACGCACGCACGCGACCGCGAGGCCGCGAGUGCGCUACGACGAGGAAACCGAGCGGCGCGAGCGAGCGACGGGGCGGGGGCGGGGACGGGGGGCGAGGGCGGCGCCAUGGCGGAUUGCCGCAGCCUGAUCGAGUUCCUCCGCGCGUUCGAGCACCACCGCAGGGCGGCGGACUCCGCCGCCGCGGCGGGGUGCUCCUCCUCCUCCUCCCGAUCCAGGCGGGGCGGGUCGUCGCUCACGGCGCUCUGCGACCACUCGCCGAUGGCCGCGGUCGACGCGGUCGUGCUCCUCGCCGUGGUCGCCGCGCUGGGCUUCCUCGUGGUGCCCUACGCGAAGAUGGCGCUCCUCGAGAUGGGCGCGCUGCUCCACCCGGCCGCGUCGUGCCUCUCGGCCGCCGCCUUCGCCGGGGCCGCGGUGGCCGUCGCGGCGGCGGUGCUCGCGUGGGAGCUGGUGGGGCACCACGCCCGCAAGUGCGGCAAGCCGCGGUGCAGGGGCCUGAAGAAGGCCGUCGAGUUCGACAUCCAGCUCGAGACGGAGGAGUGCGUGCGCGGCCACCCGGCUCCCGCGGCGCGAUCGGCUCUGCUCGCGGCCGCGGGGGCGCACCCCGUGGAGCUCGGGGACGCGCACCGCGAGCUCGAGGCCGAGCUCCGCAAGAUGGCGCCGCCCAACGGCCGCACCGUGCUCAUCUUCCGCUCGCCCUGCGGGUGCCCCAAGGGUCGCAUGGAGGUCUGGGGCGCCAAGAAGGUGCGCCGGAUCAAGAAAUAGAUAAGAGAAGGAUCACAUGGUUAUUACUAGUUUACCUGCUGUUCCUUCGUAGCGCUAAAUUACUAAUAAGCAGUAGCUAAAAUAUAAGAUGCGAUGCGUCUUGGUAAUCAGUACAGGGAGAGGAAAUAAAGGGAUGAUAGAAAUACUGAAAUAGGUAAUAUCAGAUCAUAGAUUAUAGAAUAUGCGAUGGAGUUCUGGAUGCCUGCGCAUAAAUAUACUAUAUCCUUACUUGUUCAUUCAUGUUUUCCUUGAGAUUCUGGAUAAAUAGUCUUACAAAGAUACUGUCUUGUUUGAUACUAUUAUCUAUUUGUGCUUUCUUUU